CAUCAUUCUUCCCAAUGCACUCCUCCACUCUCAGUUUCCACCUUCACAAACACUCCUCUUCUCCCAUGUCUUUUUCUUUGCGACCAAAUUGCUACAACUAAGAAUAGCAUUUUGACUCAUUUUCUGAGAUCUCUCUUUUUUCUCUCUCUCAUGAGCUUGAUAUUUGCCACAUUGUGCUAAUACUUGGAAUCCUAGCAUUUGAGUUUCGAUAGUUUCAAGAACAUGGUCACACAAGUAUUACAACAAAGGAUUUUUUGUUUUUCGUUAUAAGCUGAGUUCGUCAUAGCUUGCUGCAUUUUCUUUGCUUGGAAUCUCCAUUGCAGAGGACCUUGAGAUGAGACUAGAAAACCAGAUAAAUGAUCGGGAUUCAUCCUCGGGACGAAGUCUGGAUGGAAGUUUCAGGAAGCCUAGAUCUGCUGCAUCCUUACCUACUAAAUCCAGCUCUUCGAGCAAGUUCAUUCCAACUUCAAAAAGGGUUUAUAAAGUGCUCAAAGAUUAUGCAGCAAAACUUGUUGACCUCAACUUAUUUACACAAUGUGUUGAAGACUGGGUCCUGGAAAACUUACAUACAGAUAGUUACAACCAUGAACAGUAUUCUAACACUCCCUUUCAAAUUGAUGAGCUCUGUACCCUCGAUUUUGCAUUGGAGGGGGUGCUAUUUCAACAGCUAUUCCGCAUGCCUUGCUCGCCACAUAUUUCUGAAGAUCAUAUAGAGGAUGAACUUCUGGCUCUUGAAGAUUUUCUACAUACAGUUGCAGAUGGAUUAUGGCAUACCUUUUGGCACAAAAGCAAGCCCUUGCCCUUUUUUGUAUCUUUUCCUCGCUAUCCUGGAUCCAAGUUCUAUUCCAUUGAGAAAGCAAUAUCAAGGGGGAGGCUAAAGGAGCUCUGUGGUGCAGCUCUGAUGUCAAAAAUUAGUGGGAAUGUACAUGUUCGCUGGGAUGAGGUGGUCAUGUUUUCUUUAUUCAAACAUGACAGUGGAGUGGGAGAUGAAUUUAGUUUGUCUUCUACUGUUGCCUGUGAAGCACUAUUCUAUGCUAUCCACAUACUUCUUGCUCGUAGUUUGAGUAGAAGUAACGCUGUUAGCAGUUACUCUGUUUAUGUUUUAGUACUGGACUCUAAAUUUGCCAGUGUGGUAAAAUUGGGUGGUGACCUUGGAAAUCUUGAAGUUGACUUAAACAAUCCAUACCAAUCCGUGGCAGAAUGGAUAAAGUUUCACGCUGAAGUUAGCUUUUCCCCUGUGGAGCAAAUAUGGAACAAGCUAGGAAAUGUAAAUUGGCGAGACAUGGGGACUCUACAGCUGCUUUUGGCAACCUUUAAUUGUAUUGCUCAAUGGAUUGGACCGCCGAGAAAAUCAAUAGCCUCACUUGCAGCUGAUCACAGCCUUCGUCUUCAGAAGCGCAGAGUUGAAUGCCGCCUCAUUGAGAAUGAAAAUGCACUGAUCCCUUGUCAAGCUACUAGACAUGAUCAUGGGGAAAUUGUUGAAUACCACAACAACCCAAACCCCAGCAAGCAAGGAUCUCGUUUGAAGUUUAACCAGGAUGAAAUAUUGGUUGUUGAAGACCACCUCCUGGAACAGAGAAGUUUCCAAAUACACGAAUGUCUGCUUGAAGGAAACUGCUGCUCCUACACUGCUGUGGCUUUGGCCCAUCCCACGGAAUUACUAAUGUUACACAUUGGUGCUCAUACAUCUCGUCUGGAACCAUCAUGGGAGGACAUGAGUUUGUGGUAUCAAGUCCAGAGACAAACUAAAGUUCUGAAUAUCCUAAAAGAACAGGGUAUCACAAGCAAGUCUUUGCCUGAAAUAAUUGCCUCGGGCAAAAUGCUGCAUUCUGGUCCUUGUGAGAAGCAGAGCCCUAAGGGAUGCUGUGAUCAUCCUUGGUGUGGAACCCCAAUACUUGUAACUUAUCCAGUAGGAGAAACGCUUUCAUCUAUUUUAGCUUAUCAUGGUCCAUUUUCAGCUGAAGAAGCCACCCGUUGUUGUCGAGACUGUCUUGCAGCGUUGAGGAGUGCAAAAAUGGCCAACAUCCAGCAUGGUGAUAUCUGUCCUGAAAACAUAAUCUGUGUCAGUGAUAGCACAAGAGGCAGUUGCCUGUAUGUCCUAGUCUCCUGGGGUCGAGCAAUUUUGGAGGACAGAGACAGUCCAGCAAUAAAUAUACAGUUUUCAUCUGCACAUGCACUACAGAACGCAAAGCUUUGUCCAUCAUCUGAUGCAGAGAGUCUUAUUUACCUUAUUUAUUUUAUUUGUGGAGGAAACAUGCAGCAGCAAGAUUCUAUUGAAUCAGCAUUACAAUGGAGGCAAAGAUGCUGGGCUAAGCGUCUAAUUCAGCAGCGGCUAGGUGAGGUUUCAGCCCUCUUGAAAGCAUUUGCUGAUUAUGUAGACAGCCUUUGUGGAACACCAUAUCCAGUUGAUUAUGAUACUUGGCUGAAGAGAUUAAGUAGAGCUGUAGACAACUCGAUUGACAGGGGGAAAACCAUAGAUGAAGUUUUGAGGAUAAAGGAUACUGGUGAGACUUCCGGAACUUCUGGUGGUGGAAAUUCUUCAACAUGCUAAAACUUAAAAGCAAAAUUUGAAAAGAUUGUAGUUCAGCUUUUGUAUUUUUACUUGCUUUGAGAUUGAGAUGAGUGUUUGGUGGUUUAUUUAUAUACUUUAGACUAAUUUGAAUUUAACAUGUUGCUGUUUCAUAUGAAGUGUCGCGGAAUUUCAAAUUCCAUCUUU